UCUCACAAUUGACAACAGAAAGGAGCGCCAGCAAGAAGAGGGAACUGAGCUGGAAGGAGAUGUUGGAAAUGGGAAGGAUUUUUAUUGAAUAAAAGUAACAGUAGAACUCGUUAUCGGACAUUUUUUGGCGUUUUUGUAACCAAACACUAUUGUAGGAGAAAGUAAAACUCACAACCUCUUCCAGACUUUUUAACGCCUGACACAAGUUAAAAUCCAGGAUAAAGAGAGGUGGUCAUUGUACUGUAUGUCGGAUGGCCUGUCUAAUGAGUGCUGUGCAGUAGGUGAAUAGGUGCACUUUUCCUAACGCACUUAAAAUUCAUUUACCGAUUGUUAUUUUUCCAUAAACCAAUCGUGUGCAAUAUGUCCGCAACACGCGUUUUAUGAUUUUCGUUUGCUCACUUCAGCAAAUGCGUAUUUAUUUAACCCCCAACGACAAUUCAACUUUAUAGCUAUUUUCUAAACUAUGCCGGAGAUUAAAUUGCAACACGUUGUCUCCUGCAGCAGCGAGGACAGUACGCACAAGGCAGAGAAUCUGCUGAAACCCGACACAUACAGGAAAUGGAAAGCAGCCAGGCUGGGAGAGAAACAGAUCUCCGUCAUUUUACAGUUUGAGAAGGCAGAGCAGAUCCACAGCAUUGACAUUGGUAAUGAAGGCUCAGCUUUUAUUGAGGUGCUGGUGGGGAACUCCACUUCAGUGAAAGACCAGGACUAUGAGGUAAUCCUGGUCACCUCGUCAUUCAUGUCUCCCUCGGAGAGCCGUGGCAACACCAAUCUGAACCGGGUCAGAAUGUUUGGGUCAGACAAGCUGGUGAAGGCCACCGCUGAGCAGAAAUGGGACAGGGUGAAGAUCAUCUGUACCCAACCAUACAACAAGAAUAUUGCCUAUGGGGUGUCCUUCAUAAAGUUUCAUUCUCCUCCUGAAGCUGGUGAAACCGAGACUACACCUCCAAAGGUGACGAAGCUGGGCCAAUUCAAAGUGAAGGAGGAGGAGCCCAGCUCUUCUAGCCUGACGCCUGGGAGUCUGUUCUUCAGCAGGGCUAACAAACCAUCCACGCCUGUCAAGGCCUCUCCUCAGAAGGAGAAGCCCUCCCUCAGUUAUGCCGCUGCUGCACUGCAGUCCACAGGCUGUGCGACCCAGAGCUCCUCGUCCUCUCCUGCCCCGGCUGAGAAGACCUCCCCCGGUGCUACCCCGUCCCUGAAGGGUUCUACUCCUGGCAAGCGGAAGUUCGAGUUCAGCAAAGAGCGCCAGGAAGCGGUGGGACCUCCUACCAAGAGACCCAGCUCCCAGAAUUCCACAAUGUCAGAGGAGACCUCACGGUUCAAAGCCAGCCCUGUGUCGCCAGCUACCAAGAAUACCAAAGCUUCUCCAGCCCAGCCCGAAAAGCCUCCCAAACACGACAAGUCAAAGGCGCAGAAGAAAGAGAAGAAAGCAGAUCACUCUGAGGGGCUGGAGUUCCACCGCCUGCUGGAGGACACAGUCUUUGUGCUUAGCGGAUUCCAGAACCCCUUCCGGGCUGAGCUGAGGGACAAGGCCCUGGCGAUGGGCGCCAAGUACAGACCCGACUGGACUCCUGACAGUACACACCUCAUUUGUGCCUUUGCCAACACCCCGAAAUACGGCCAGGUGAAAGCGCUAGGGGGCGCUAUUGUGCGCAAGGAGUGGAUCCUGGACUGCCAUAAGAGGAAGCAGAGGAUUUCGUACAAACGGUACCUUAUGGAUGGAGCAGAAUCCAGCUCGGAAGAGUCAGAGGAGGAGAACAAGACAGAUGAUAUUGAAGAUUCCUGCAAACAGAGUGGACAUUCCCCCAGUAGGAACCACAAGAAGGCAACCCCCCAGAAAGAGUCCAGAAGUGGCUCAGACAGGCCAGGACCUUCUCGGGAUGUCCCAGACGAGGAGGACAAGUAUGGUGGUUCCACAGAUGAAGACAGACCUGACAAUUCCAGAGACAAUGAGGAUUCAGGAAUGGACACAGAGGAUGAGCUAAAAAGGGUGGAGACUGAGAAUCGUGGCAAGAAGCUGGUGAGCCCGCAGGCGGCCGGAGGACAGGAGGAGGACUUGUACGCUGGAUCCACAGAUGAGAACACCGACGUCGAAGAAGAGAAAGACCAGCCUGUCCCAGAACUGCCAGAAUUCCUAAAGGGGAAACACUUCUUCCUCUAUGGGGAGUUUCCCAAAAAGGAGAGGCGUCUGUUAUACCGUUACAUCACAGCCUUCAAUGGGGUCAUCGAAGACUACAUGAGUGAAAAGGUCCAGUUUGUCAUCACAGCACAGGAAUGGGAUGAUAGUUUCGAAGACGCCCUGAUGGAAAACGGCAACCUGUCCUUUGUGAAACCACGCUGGAUCUACAUCUGCAACGAGCGUCAGAAACUGGUGCCCCAUCAGCCCUACGUGGUUGUUCCCCAGGCCUAACACAGCAGGCCCCCAAAAUUAGCCAAUAGCAGGCAAGAUACACAAUCCACCAGCAAAGUAAAUAUGUAGGACAGGACCCUAGCAGACAAACCUCUCAGGAUUUAUCAUGCUGCCUGCACAACAUGGCAUCACAAGACUUUUCAGCCUCAGAGUUCAGAUUUCAGCCUUUUUUUUUUUCCUCACCACCAUCUAAAGAACAGGAGCCUGGGAUGACGUGAGCAUGGCAAAUGUUCUUUUAAACUGACUGACAACCAUCCCCGAUACCUUGGGGAUGAAUUUCACAACUUGUUUUUUUGUUUCUUGAUGUUGUUGCUGUUUUUUUUUUUACAUUGGCUUAAAAACAAAUAAAAAGACAUUUCAGGGACGCUAGUUGAUCCCUUGCCUUCUGAAGGUGAAUGAUUGCCUCUCUGCAGACUUUAAGUGUGAUUCAGCCUUCAGUUCUCCAUAAGAAAAUCGCUGUGCAGCUCUCUUCAGGCAUCAUGAUACUGAAAACAGUACUGAAUGCUGCAGAAGUCAAACUUAGGUCUGACUUUUCCACUCUUCCACCAGAGACAGAUGGAUUCCUGCUCACUCCUUGCUUUUUGUGCAGUAUUCUUGGCCGGGAUUGUAACCCCCAUAACAGAGCUGUCCAUACAUCACACAGCAAGUGAUUACCCUUCAGACUAUUCAGACAGUGGACAGCCUCCUCCUGUGAUGCAAGAUGAAUCUUACAAUGAGAAAGUCUCUCACAAGCUGGCUGUUUGCUGUUUUGCUAUAUUUCCUAAGCUCAAGGGCAAGAAUUUAUUGGCCAUUAAGGUCCAAAUCAAAAGGUACACAUGACCAAAAUGAUAUUUAGGGUGCACAGUAUACAAUUCAGAAUUUGCUUAUUCUAGUAAUAUCAGUGCUGAAAUCUGUUUCGGGAGGUGUGGCAGGGGGACAGGAGAGAGUGAGAUGGGAGGUCCUUGCCUCGGAUAUGUUUCCCAGAAAUCCUUGGGAAAUGAAUGACCUGGCACUAGAGUAGUUGGAAGAAGAUCAGUUAGCCGUCUGAAGCAGAUGCGUCCUACGUGGUCUUUCCUUGUAGUAAUUGACCAAGACAAAAAUAUAUUGAAAAACUCCCCAAAAAAGUGCUGCGUCAGUGUGAGGGAGCAAAGCUCUUGGCUGAAUUAGCUGCUUGGAGAAGGGAGCAGAACUUCAGCGACAGUGCAACCCUGAAGGUAAAAACAAGCUGGACAUCGGCCAAAUGUGGCUUCGAGUGGAAAAAAGGUUUGGCUUUGUUUGCCUCCAUUGGAAAAUAAAAAGCUCCUUUUUCCCCACCAUACUGACCAUCUCCAAGUGUGUCUGUAAGCCCGUACACACCAACUUCACCUACUGUAAAGAUCUUGUUACGGCACUACAUAUUACCUGAACAUACGGAGUUAAAACAAGGAGUCGGCAGCUAACCCUGUUACUAGUGUCAGAUUCUACCCUUCUCUUUUCUGAAGCCACAUUCUGCUGACCUGCCAUCUUCCUUUGGCUCGGCUUCCUUCUUGCCUCUCAGAGGAUCUAUCCUGGAGGUUGUGCACCCUUAUCCUUGUAGCUGUUUCCAUCUGCCCUUGGUUUCCUCACUCAGCCUGAUGCAAAGUUUCAUGGAAUCUGCUCUCUUGGUCAGAGACCACAGGAAGCUUUCACCAUGUGCUUUACCAGUCACUUUCCUCCUGCUUAGCAGAUGGCAGGUUAUUCCCCUUGGGCUUCUGGGGAAGUCUCUUUUAGAAGAUGUUGGUUUGCAGUAAGUACAUUUGUAGAGCAAUUGAAAGGAAACAGUCCACCACCAGUUUUCUCAGAUUAGUAUGAGUUUGGCUGUGCUGUCUGGCAACAGGGCAUUUGAAGAGGUCAAACAGUGUUAAAUGGCAGCCAGCCAGUCCAAACAGGGCAAUAACACUCUUCUAUUGUAAAUGCGUUUGCUCUUGGGCAGAGGACAUUUGAAUUACAGCAACAAAAGGACAAUGAGGUCUGCUGUGCCAGAAGAUACUUAACAAAUUGUGCUGAACAUAUAGUAGAUACUGAUGAAUGGAUACUACGUGAUAUCUGGCAGAUACAAGAAGCUUGGGAGCCUUUAAUCUAUCUAUUGAACAGACAGUUUAAUCAACAGUUUCUUAAUGCUUGUCUAUAAAAUGACUUUCAGGGACUAGAGCUGAGCUACACAUCAGCUACUGUGUCAGAGUUACUGGCAGCAGGACCUAGGUUUGACAUCUUAUCUGAAGGACUGCUCACACAGAGGUUAAGUAACUUGUUUGGGGGUGAUGUGCAGUAUACUAUAUACUAAGAACCUCCUGGCAAAAACCCUUUACCUUAACCACAGAAGACCUGGUCUCCUCAUCACAUACUAUAGUGUGAGCUAACGUUUUCCUAUCCUCCCUAUACAUCCUUUUGUCUGCAAUGACAAAAUGCACUGCACAAAAUUUAGAUCUCGCCUUUAUACAUUUGCAGUUGAACUUUUCUUACAAGACUGCUAAAUAUAUAAUACAUGCAGACAGGGUGAGAACUCUGUAGGACUGGGAUCAGUACUUUAUUUUUAGGACUGCAAAGGAUGGCAGAGUUUGACAUUUGAAGAUCCUAACAUGAUUAAGAUUCAAACCUUCAUUAUUUGCUUAAUUUUCUGAUGAGGUCAUCAUAAUUGCUAGUAAAUAUAUUGAAUGAAAACGCAUUUAUGUAGCGAGCGAUCCAUAUAAAUUAAAUAAGACAUUUGUGUGUACUUUUAGAUUUUCUUAUACAAAACUGUUUUUAUAUCUGAAAAGAAAGCAAGCUUUUAUACGGUCCAUGUGACUGAUACUACUUGCAAUUCUGUGAAAAUCUCCUGUUUCCAAUGCUCAGCAAGAGCAGCCUGCUGCGGACAAAAUAAUCUAGGCUAAAUUGCACAAAACAAAUGUUUAUUAAGUCGCAUUAAGUGCAGGUUAGAAGUUCUAAUCAAUUUUAAUAUCCCUAUUAAACAACAAGGUGCAGAUCACUAUCAGAUCAAACGAAUAGCAGAAAGUAAAUGUGGAUUUUGGCAAUUACGUAAUGUUAGAGGUAUGUUAAACAGUCCUUUUUGACAUCAUUGUUGAUUAGGUAUACAUCUUGAACAAAGAUAUCAGAUAUUAGAUAAAAUAAUUUUCAUUUAAACUCUUUGAGUACUACAUAUCCAGAAAUAGUCAGACUUUCAGUAGUCUCCUGGUAGUAACAAUGGUAUUGUAUGUACAUUUUCACCACUAUCUGACAUUUUUAUUGCAUCGGUAUCACUUCACAUACCAGUGAAAACGUCUGACAGAAAAGUGGGAUUCUAGAUCUAUUUCUCUAUUCAGAUUGAAGGAAUAAGAAUUUAUGUGACAAAUCAAGUAGCUUUUUUUUUUGGCAGAAAGUGAAUCUAUCCCUGAGCAGAAGAAAAAUAAAUAUAUCAACCUUCCAUCUAAUGAUACAGUAUGUGUCCAGUUAAAAGGAGAGGCCAAUGAAACGAAAAAGUUGUAGCAGAGAAUCCUGUCAUGCCAAAGCUCGCAAAUGGGUAUAAACCAUAGUAGCAGAAAUAUUCAACUUUCUGAAUACAAUACUUCCCAUUGGGGAAGUCUUUCUUUUUCUUUGCACAAAAAGAAUUUGCCGAAGUGAUACUGGGCCACAUUCAGUAAUGGCAACUCCAUUUGGGGGGGGUCUGAUAUCGUCUACUUUUGCGAGCAAUCCAUUUGUCAGAUAGCACUGCCAUGAGCACAGACCCCUGAAUAAAAUCAAAAGGCUAGUGUCUGCCUUCAAGAAACGUUUGCCCAGAGUUCGUUCUGCACACUUUCGUUAGGUGCUUCAGUAGACAGUGUGGCUUCACAAGGCGAGGGACAAUAAAAUCGUCAGCCUGUACGUUCAUAUAUCAGCUCACAAAACUUCCAAUAUAUAUGUACAAUCAUUCUGCCAUGACACUCGUCAAAUGUGUUCUCACUGAUUAUUUGCUAUCUCAUUAUAGCAUUCAGCAUUUGUAUUGCCUGUCUCCAGUGCUUCACCAUUAUAGAUUGAUGCAAUGCACACAGGGAAAAUUGAAUUUCCCUUGUGAGUGAUGCUUAAAUGCAUCAUUCCAAAAACUCGUCAAGUUUCUGUUAACAAAAGGGGGGAAAAAACGUCUGCGGCUUUGCAGGUUUGAGACCACUUUUGAAUUCCUAGCCAGCGGAUGACCCUUUCAUUCAUGCCCUCUUUUCACAGUGAUUGUACUGUGAUGUUGAGCAGAUUUCAGUGAUGUGAAAAGCUCUUCUGGGCUCAUGGGAAUGGCUGCUGUAACAAUUGUACAGGAAACUGCUGAAUGAAUGUUAACAGGCCACUAUUAGAACCAAUUUUCCCCCAUCUAGGACUUAUCCCUCUAAUUCCUUUAUUAUAUUUCUAGCUCAUUGUACACCUAAUGAUAGAGCUAUAGUUAUGUGCUAGUCGCCCUCAUGUUUCAUCAAUCUGUGCUCAAAAGUUGCCAACAUUUGAAACUGAUUUGUGUGCUCUGUGGCAGCCAUUACAGCUGCGAAUGAGCCAUUUUAAACUACAACCGUGUCUGAAUCAUUGGUAUCUGGUGAUGAAGAAAAGCACUGCAGUAUUUCCCCUCUUUAUUACCUGAAAAAAUCCUAAUUCAUCUUUCAAUGCAAAGAGGAUGUAGUACUAUCAGUACUCACCUCUCACCUUUUGUUUUCCAAAAAAACUAUUCUUGUUUAACACCACAGUCUACUUCAAAAGAUAAUCAGUAGAAAAUAAUGAAAGUAAAGUAUCAGUGUUUCAGUUGUGAUCAGCAGAACAGUUCUUUCUCCUUUGUGGGUUACAUACAUAGAGCCCUUCAGAGAAAGAGGAAGGGGGUAGGCUUAGAUUGAAAACUCGGGAUUGGAUGUAGAAAUUUGACUGAGUAUCUAGCUGAAUUAAAGUGAUCAAUUGCACUCAAUAAUUAAGUGUUUGGCUGGAUUAAAAAUCACAAGAACCAUCGAUACUGCAGUACAAAGAUAGAGAGUCACCGCUCUGGGUGAUACAUAUCAGACAGCCAUCUGAUUGAUACAGUUACCUCUGUAAACACUGCAGAGCUACUGUACGCUUCAAUGGUGCUUUGUCAAUUACCAACUGGUGCUUCUGGGGUAGGUGGCUUUUUCUCUCAGUGUUUUAUUUUUUGCAUAAAGACAGUUGUAUGGAGGAGGAUGAAGCCUGACAACUGACAAGUUGUACUUCAAUUACUGUUACUCGUGUUUUUAGUUUGAUUUUUAAAUAAAGAACAAUGACAAAUUAA